AUGGCCGAUCCACCUUCCUACGAUGAGUCCAUUUCACAGCCUAUUGAUAAAUACCACGAGCUCGACGGAGAAAUGAAGACAGCGCAGCGUUUCAGCAUCAGGGAAGAAGUCGCAUUGUCCAGAUCGCAACAUGUAGCGGCAUUGGUUUCCAGACUACUGCCGCCAAUAAGAGAGCGUGCUAAGAGCGGUAUCUCGAAAACAUCGAUGUUGUUGAUACCGUCCGAUCAAGCUGAGACCAGUAGCAGAGGCCAGCUCGUUGGGUUUCCGGAAGACGACCGCCCAAUCCUGAUACAGCUGGAGGGCAGAUAUGAUAGUACUCAGUUCUGGUCACAGCAGGAGGCUCUUGAUCUGCUACGAGAUCAAACCCUGGUAGCAGUUGCUGGCGAUGUUCCUACACCACUACCAAUGGUUGAGCCACUGCCGGAGCGGCCAGCGCAACCAAAAAGGUCGUCAUUCUGGGGACGAAAGUCAAGUCAGCCGACAGGUCCCUCAAAACCAGCACCAAAACAGUCAAAGCCUCCUGUGAGCGUGGAGGUGCAGUCAGAGCAAGCCAAUUUUCGCACGGAAACAGAAUAUGGCCUAUACGAGACGGUUUGCGGAAGGACGGUAUUGCUGGUCGUGGAUGUGCGGUAG